AUGUUCCGGGGAGCCAAGAUCCUCGAUGCGCUUGCACAAGCUCUGCGGCUGCAUGAGGAGGUUCUUGGUGGCGGCUUCAGAUGCCACUAUGGCGAGGCCUUUGGCGCCUUCCCACCGAGCCGGGUCUUCGUCGAGCGGGCCGUGGAUCCCUCAGGCAGCCUUGCUGAGCCGCCCCGAGACCCGCGCCAGCAGCCGCCCCGGGCGAGUGCUCAUGUCGUGGUGGCUCACUGCCCUUCGAGCCACGUCCUUGCAGGGCAGCUCCGAUGCCUGGCACGACAGAGGCUGGAGCCGGGCCUCGUGCUCUGCUACGCAGGCGAGCUCUACCGCAGCGAAGCCGACCACGCCAAGUACUCAUCCUCCUUCUCGCUGAAGUCUCCCAACGGCAUGGUCGUGGAUGGAGCGCGCUACUCCAACGAGGCAUCGUUUGUGAACCACUAUGUGGGGAUCGCGGAAGCUCCGAACUGCGUCAUCGGGUCAUCCGACGAGCACGUGGCGACCAUUGAGGUCACCCAGCCGAUAGGACAAGAGGAAGAGCUCUUGGUAGACUACGGCCUGGAGCACUGCCUGUGCAACGAGGUUCCCCACCCGCGCGCCCCUGCUUGGGCACGGGACUUCGCCGCCCUGUCGCGACUGCAGGCUGUCUCUAAGCGCCUCUCACAGCUGCAGAAGGCUCCGCAGCAACAGAAUCCGACUGCCUGGCAGUGGGAGCUUCGGCAGCUACUGCGCCAAGGUCGCGUGCGGUUUGCGCUUCUCUCCACGGAGGGCCGCACGGAGGUCGCCAAACUCCAGCAAGAAGUGAAGAGACAGCUGCGGGCGCUGAUGUUAGUCGCAGCCCGGCGCAACCACCGAUGUGGGGAAUUGUGA